GUGACGACUCUCAGAGUGAAGAAGAGACUAGAGUGCCCACACGUAAUGGCAGCUGUCUCCACCCCCAUUCCUUGUUUUUAUAAAUCCCCCUCCAUCUAUCUCCCUCAUCACCACCUCACCUCCACUGCUACUUCCACCACCCCAAACAAAGAUGUCUCAAGACCUUUUCUUCUUCUUCUUCUUCUUUCUCUUGGUGUUUUCUCACUCUGCAUGUGAUUCUUCUUCCCCAAUAACAGUCCAAACACUUGACAUAAAUCCACCACACUACUACAACCCCAAGCUCCCCCCCAGAACUCUCUCUUCUUCCAAGAAAUUCGAGGGCUCAUCGGAGUUCGUUGACCUCCGCUACCAUAUGGGACCCGUCCUCUCCUCCCCUAUCAACAUCUACCUCAUCUGGUACGGCAAAUGGCCGCAAUCCCACAAACUCAUCAUCAACGACUUCCUCCUCUCCAUCUCCACUACCACCCCCUCCAACGACCACUCCUCCGUCGCAGAGUGGUGGCGCACCGUCUCCCUCUACACCGACCAGACCGGCGCCAACGUCUCCCGAUCAGUCGUGAUCGCCGGUGAGUACUCCGACCAGCGUUACUCCCACGGGACUCAACUUAGUCGCCUCUCCAUCCAACAAGUCAUCGCCACCGCCGUCCGAUCCGCACCCUUCCAAAUUGAUCACAAGAACGGGAUCUACCUCAUAUUAACUUCCGUGGACGUCACCGUAGAAGAUUUCUGCCGAGCAGUUUGCGGGUUCCACUACUUCACCUUCCCAUCUAUGGUCGGCUACACUUUACCCUACGCCUGGGUAGGAAAUUCGGGUAAGCAAUGCCCCGAGGUUUGCGCUUACCCGUUUGCCAUCCCGGGUUACAUGGCGGUUUCCGGGGCUGGUGCAUUGUUACCACCGAAUUCGGACGUGGGCGUGGACGGUAUGAUCAGUGUGAUCGGGCAUGAACUUGCGGAGCUAGCGUCGAACCCGUUGGUGAAUGCGUGGUAUGCGGGUGAGGACCCAACCGCCCCGGUGGAGAUUGGGGAUUUGUGUGAGGGCUUGUAUGGAACGGGUGGUGGAGGCGGCUAUAUAGGCCAGGUCAUGAAGGACAAUCAGGGUCGGACCUUCAAUUUGAAUGGUACCAAGGGUAGAAAAUUUUUGGUACAGUGGAUUUGGAGCCCCGUUUUCAAGGCUUGUGCUGGGCCAAAUGCUUUGGACUAAAACAAAUACUACUAUAUAUAUAUAUAAGUUCUAUAUUCCAAUAUAUUUUUUUAUUUUUAUUUUUUAUAAAAUCAUGGUCAUAGAUCAUUAUUAUAAUAUUAUAGGAAGUGGGUUAGGCUGGGAGAUUGGGGGAACAAGAGAAGAGGGGAGGGGAGUAGGAUUAGACUGAGAUACGCUUUUAUUUUCUUUUUUGAUGUAUAUGUUAUUUAUUAUUUUGAUUGCUGUUCGUUGUAGCAAGAUGUACAAAGAGUUGAAAUGAUGUUAUUGGAUAUGAUCACAACUUAGUUUAUAUCAUUAUUAUUAUUUGUGUUGGUGUUCUUUG